AUGCACUACCGCGCGGCGAGACGGAGAGGCAGCGUCCCCCCUGUGAGCGAGCACCCCCAGCGACCCCCUGUGAGCCAGCACCCCCAGGGACCCCUGGACCCCCCGGUGAGCAAGCACCCCCAGGGACCCCCUGUGAGCGAGCACCCCCAGGGACCCCCUGUGAGCGAGCACCCCCAGGGACCCCCUGUGAGCGAGCACCCCCAGCGACCCCCAGUGAGCGAGCACCCCCAGGGACCCCCCGCGUCGUCUCCUGUGAGCGAGCACCCCCAGGGACCCCCUGUGAGCGAGCACCCCCAGCGACCCCCUGUGAGCGUGAGCGAGCACCCCCAGGGACCCCUGGACCCCCCGGUGAGCGAGCACCCCCAGGGACCCCCUGUGAGCGAGCACCCCCAGCGACCCCCUGUGAGCGAGCACCCCCAGCGACCCCCUGUGAGCGAGCACCCCCAGGGACCCCCAGUGAGCGAGCACCCCCAGGGACCCCCUGUGAGCGAGCACCCCCAGCGACCCCCUGUGAGCGAGCACCCCCAGCGACCCCCUGUGAGCGAGCACCCCCAGGGACCCCCUGUGAGCGAGCACCCCCAGCGACCCCCUGUGAGCGAGCACCCCCAGGGAUCCCCAGUGAGCGAGCACCCCCAGGGACCCCCUGUGAGCGAGCACCCCCAGCGACCCCCUGUGAGCGAGCACCCCCAGGGAUCCCCAGUGAGCGAGCACCCCCAGCGACCCCCUGUGAGCGAGCACCCCCAGCGACCCCCUGUGAGCGAGCACCCCCAGGGAUCCCCAGUGAGCGAGCACCCCCAGGGACCCCCAGUGAGCGAGCACCCCCAGGGACCCCCAGUGAGCGAGCACCCCCAGCGUCGUCUCCUGUGA